UGACGUUGACAGCUCGUCGCGAGUGCGUUCGCGAAUGCCUGUGUGCAUGUGUAUGUGUAAGCGUGCAGGGGUCCGCCGCUUUUCGGUUUUAGUUGAUUUUUAAAGAUUUUAAAUGGAGCUGCACACCAGAACAACACUUUCGGCAUUACUAUUUGGCCUAUUGCUAUUAUGCGGUUCAGCAAGCGCCUGGCACUCCGAGGAGCUGGAGAUUUUCGAUCUCAUCGAAGAGGUCAACAAGAACUUCUACGAGUUUAUGGGUAUCAAUCAGACUGCCACGAAUAAUGAAAUAAAGCGCGCCUUUCGCACCCUUUCAAUUGUGCUGCAUCCGGACAAGAAUCCGGCCGAGGAUGCCAAUAUCCAGUUUCGCAAUCUUGUCUCCAUCUACGAGGUGCUCAAGGAUGGAUCCAAGCGCGAAAAAUACGACAAGGUGCUGCGCGACGGUAUGCCCAACUGGAAGUCCGCUCUCUAUUAUUACCGCAGGAUGCGUAAGAUUGGUCUAUACGAGGGUGCCUUUAUUAUAUUCCUGAUCAUCACCGUUGGCCAGUAUAUGUUUGCCUGGGCAGCUUACUUGGAAAAGAAGUACACAGCCGAGCAGGUAUUCGGCAGCAAGCUUAAAAAGCUGCAGAAGCGCAACAAAAACAUCGACAUGGAUGUCAUUUUAAACGAGAUCCCAAUGCCAUCACUACUCAAUACGCUGCCAAUUCAAAUACCAGUAGCCAUCUGGAAUCUGCCGAAGACAAUAAAAAAUGCAUUCAGCAAAGCCAACGAACUGAAGCAGUUGGCAUUGGAAAAGCGCAGACAGGAGAUCGAAGCGGCACGUCGCCAGGAGGAACUAGAACGUGAGGCUGAAGAGCAGGCGCGUCUGCGUAAGGAGCAGAAAGAGAAUCUGCGCAAGCGCAAGCAGAACACAAGGGCCCCUGAGAAGACCGAGGAGGAGUUACGCGGUUAUUCACAAAUCCAGGCGCGUGAGCUAACCGAAGAUGACGCAAUACGUCCAGUUUCCCAAAAGACUACGGUUAGCGGCGGCUUUUGGACAGAUGAGGAUCUGACGGAACUUAUUAGACUUGUAAAGAAAUAUCCAGGCGGUGCGGGCAGUCGCUGGAAUACCAUAGCCGAGUCCAUGAAUCGCACCGUCCAAGAGGUGACAUUCAUGGCGGCCAAAAUGAAGGAGAACGGCUAUCGUAUACCAGGACAAACGGAUAGCGUUGCCGAGAACAUAGUCCAGGAUUCACAGGAGGCGGUGCGCAAGGAAAAGGUUAAAAAGGGCACACCAACUGUCAAUGAGAAGAGCAUGCUUAUACCAGAGACUAACUGGUCCCAGGAACAGCAGCGCGCUCUGGAGGCGGCCAUCGUUAAAUAUAGGAAAACCACCGGCGGCGAUCGUUGGCAAAAGAUUGCCAACAGUGUGCCAGAAAAGACCAAGGAAGAGUGCUUGGUGCGCUACAAAUACUUAUGCGAACUGGUCAAGACACAGAAGAAAGCCGAGGAGGAAGAGGCUGAGCCGUCCACUAUUGAUGAGGAGGCUGCAGUGCCCGAGGAGAAAGAUGAGCCGGAGGCGACAACAGCAAUUGCUGCGGCUGCACCUCUACAGCCAGCCAAAAAGCUGAGCAAACGCGAGCAGCGGAGACGCAAGCGCGACAUUUCCAGCGACGAGGAUUCUGAUGAUGCAUAUCAGUACGAAAUCAGUUAGUUCGGUUGCUCCCAAAAGCCCAUUCGACACUUGGCCAACAAUUGAAAUUCAUAUCUCAGCCAAAAACCAAAAUGUAUCUUCACUUUUGUAAGAGCAAGAAGAUGAUGUGCGAGCGGGAUAGAUAGCUAGUUUCAGACAUGCUGGGUGUAUGCAUUAUAUUUAAACUAUUAUGCCAAGAUCAGGUUAACUAUUUUCUAGCUAAACACAUGUUUGAGCCAAGUGAAAUUGUUAUGAAUGGCUACAGAUUUUUAUAUUUUGAUUUUUUGGAUCCAAAUUGUAACAAUUAAGCACUAGUUUUCUCUCACUCGAAA